AUGUCUGACGAUGAAUUAGUCGAAGAUUUCCCCUUAGGAUGUAUUGUACCGUAAUAGUAUUAAUCGUGGUGGAGCACAAACGAUAUUGUGUUACGUCGUUGAGUACAAAUUUUUUUCUCAGGGAUAGUUUAUACGUACAGACACUUUGUCAGAUGUUCUUUUUUGUCUUCUUCUCUCUUUUUUUUUUUUUUUUUAGGAUGUUAGAGGGAGGUGAUAAAUGAUAGUCAAUAAAACGUGCGUGACGAAACGUGUUGUCUUUUCAUGUACCAUUGUGUUGGUCGAUUAAUGGAUCGUUGGCAAAUAAAAUCGUUCGAAAUUGAUUGUCUUUAUUGAAUGUCGAUUGGACACGUGGAUCUCUUUGCUUUCUUAUUUCUGAAGCUUGGUCGAGAAAACUUGGUAUUAUAAAUCAUAUUUUAAAGAAGGAAGAUGAACUUGAAGGUAACAAUUCGUUUGAAAUUUGGUCCAAGUUUUUGAAAUAUUCGCUAUUUCUAUUGAAUUUUAAUUAGUCAUGAGUAUCUCUUUAUGUUCUGUAAGACAAUCGUUGAAAAGAAAAGAAAAUUUUAUUUUUAAAAAGAGAGCAAUAUUUUGCUUGAAAUUCGAAUAAAUAUUCAUCAGUCUACGUGACUGACGAAUUGUUUCUUCAUGACUUUGUUCGUAGAACGGUCGUUGGAGAAUAUCUUGAAACGGUUUUUUAGAAAAACAGAGAAUUCGAGGAUUGAGAUCAACAACGACUUGUUUGAAGUUUGAUCCAAGUAUUCAAAUGACUUACAAUUAGUAUCGUCGAAAUAAUCUGAAUGUGUCGGUAUAACGAGCCCUCGCGCUUCGAACCUUUGAAACGGAACAUCGUGUUGGCUUUUAAUAAUAACGAAUUCGAACAUCACUUACAAGAUUAUCAAAGUCGAAAAGUCGAAGGGAUGGUAGUUUAUUAACCGUUAGAAACAAGUCUGAACGAUGAAUUGUUUUGAGGAAGAGGUAUAAUUUCACACGUUGUAUUUUACAUUGCUUGCUCGACUGUUAUUCUUUUCAGUUGACGAAGAUCAACGUGUUCCAAUUAAAUAUUCUUAUACCGUUGAUUGAGAUUUUGGACGUGUACGUGACGUUGAAAGAAGAAUUCAGUCCGGAUGAGUUUUGUAUUCACUUAUUUGUUAAGCAGCAGCCAAGGGAGAAAUGUAAACCGUAUUUCAACCCUGUUAGGAAACGUUUUAACAACGUCGAGGAGUUUAAGGCUUUGUCGGUUUCGGUGAGAAAUAUAAUCAUCGAUCUGUUCAUGAAUAUUGUUCGUUAUAUGGCUUUCUUGGAACCAAUAAGUAAAGACUAUUUGGAUAAACAAAAUUGUCGCAAUUACAAUGAUUUACAUCAAAUUAUAGUGUUUGUAUACAUCUUAUCAUACAGAAUAUGCAGUUUAUUCUUCGAAGAUUCGGUCGAGUGUUUCGUUUACUUUAAAGUAAGGAAAAUGUUGUCCCUUAUUGCGUAUCUCCUUCGCACGGAAACUCCGAAUCUUCUUCACGAGAAAGGUUGCUCGACGUUCGAAGAAGAUUUCGUGGAGCAGAAUCUCAAACUUCAAGAACAUUUAAAGGGGUAUCUGCGAAAUACGAAGGCUCCUAAAAAGGAAUUGACCACUCCUAUGUUUAUGAAUGUUUUGAAUCGGCCGAAGAUACGAUUGAAAGUGCCACCUGCUACACCCGAAGACUUGUCGGUGAUGAAGUUCGCGCGUCGAAUUCCAAAGACGAACUACCUGAAACCAUCGAUGGAGUCAAAAUUGGAGUCGCUGCGAGCAACCAACAGAAUGAACGCUUUGAAUUUGUUGAAAGACGCAAACAAAAAUGCUCCAAGUUGCUCCCAACGGCAUUGAAAGCAUUAGCGGAAGGUGGCCUCGAUUCAGCUUCGAUAUUAAAAUUCGAGGAAGAGAAACGUCAGCGGCUGAGAGAAGAGGAAUUGUUGAGAAUACAGGAGAAACAUCUUUUGGCAUUGUUGACUCGCGAGAAUGCGUUUACUGCGAAACAAUCGCUGCUGAAUGAUAUUAAAAUGCACGCAGAGAGCGUGCGAAAGGAGAAACAACAACUUUACGACAAACUGGAGAAAUGGAGGGAGAACCACAACAAAGAAAUGGCGGAAAUCGUUGAAAAAUGCCACGAGAUCGAGCAAGCUUCACGCAUAGCUUUCAACGCUAUGAUCGACGAAAAGAAACAGAAAGCUGCAGAAGUCACUGAAGAGUCGCGUCAGUUGAAAACUCAGCUGAUGAAACAACGAGAGGAAGAAACUCAGAGGAAGAUCAAACUGAUUCAAGAGAUCAAAACGAUCCAAUCCUUACGUGCAUUGCCUUUCAAGGAUUUCGAUCCAACAGAGUCAAGUGGCUUGGGUCUUCUGUGUGAAAUGUCAUUGGCGGAGUUAAAAGAGAGACUAUUUUGGAUGAAGAUGAAACUGGACGAGGAAAUAAAGACCAGAAAGUCUGUUAUUCAUCGAGAACGGGAAAGGCAAAGAAAUUUGAUCAACGACACGCGAAAAGCGCUCGAGGAAUAUAAAGCAAGCAAGUGUGUUGUUCCAUCGUGGAAACCACGGCAACAAUCUCAAGUUGUCACUUCGCCGGAAAUCGACGAAUUGCGAAAAAAACUGGAGGAACAAAAAGGCAUGAGACUGAACCAUCCUUUAUAAUUGAAAACAAAGUAGUGAAAGGGAAAGUGGUGGAAUGUCAUAGUCCAUAUACCAGCGUAGGCAAAUUGUUGUUUGAUACUUUGAGGAAUAAUCCAGAUAUUGUUGGUCAGGUAGACGCGAUCACAGAGGAACAGGAAACUUUCGCGGACAUUGCAGACCGUACAAUAAAGUGUGCACUGUGGUUGCAAAAACAUGGAAUCGGGAAAGGGGACAUUGUCACAAUUUCUUCGCACAAUCAUAUGGAUACUGUAAUUCCUUAUAUUGCUGCGCUCUAUCUAGGUGCCAUUGUCAGUCCAUGGGACUAUGGGAUGAACGUUCAAUUGGCUAGACAUUUCAUGACAUUGGCACAACCGAAGGUGAUUUUCGCGAAUGAAAAGUCGAUGGCUGUGGUGGUGGAGGCGGCGAAGAUCGAGACUUGUCAGCCGAAAACGGUUACUUUCGGCCACUAUCUCGGCACAAUACCUUUCUCGGAGACGUUGAAUGGCCAUACGAAAUCGGCAGUGGAGAACUUCCAAUGCGUGGAGAUCGAGGAUGCCGAGGACACCUGUAUAAUUCUGUUCUCGUCUGGAACAACGGGCUUGCCGAAAGGCACGCAAGUCCCUCACAGAUCAAUUAUAAAUACGCUACAGUUGAACGAUGGCCUUGCACUGAACUCACAUGUAUCAAUGUGGUUCAGUUCUUUGUACUGGAUCAGCGGAUCGCUACUUAGUCUGAAGAGUAUCUCUUCUCGCUCCAAGAAAAUCAUCGCUCCGGAAUUCGAUGAGAAAUCUGCCUGUGAAAUUAUCGAAAAGUUUAAGAUCACGUGGUUGAUGCUCAGCACCAGUAUGUCAAAUCGAUUCGUACGAUAUCAUCGCUUGCAGGAUUAUGAUCUCAGUACUUUGGAUACGCUGUUCACUGGUGGUGCGACAUUGAAACAAGAAUCUCAAGAUUUAUUAAAAAAACACUUACCGAAUACAACAGUUCUACAAGCAUACGGUAUGACGGAGUUUGGUGGUUUGAUUACUGUACAAUUACCAGAUACCACGAGCGGAUCUUGUGGCGUGGUUGUGACAAACUCUGAAGUGAAAAUCAUAGAUAUUGAAACGGGAGAGAUACUUGGUCCAAGUCAAAAUGGCGAACUCUGCGCGAAAUCGUGGACAAUGAUGACAGGAUAUUUUAAAAACCCUGAAGCUACCAAGAACGCCAUUGACAAAGAUGGAUGGUUACACAGUGGCGAUUUAGCUUAUUACAACGAGAAAGGGGAGUUUUUCAUCGUCGACAGACUGAAGGAAAUUAUUAAAUACAGGGGGUACCAAAUACCGCCGACGGAAAUUGAAACCCUUCUGCAAUCUCAUCCUGCAGUUCUAGAAGUGGGGGUGGUUGGUAUACCACACCCUACAGACGACGAACAUCCCGUUGCUUUUGUCAGCAAGGUGCCUGAUAACGAA